CGACUCGGCUUUUAGUCCAGCAGCCCAUGAUCGGCCGAUGGACGACCAGAUGUAAAAUGGUCCGGCCGUGCCAGACAUAUGUCCGUGUCAGCCACAUCGGCUGAUGUGUCUGAAGAGUGGAGCAAGAGUGCUCUGGUGCCUGGAGACAUACAUCGCUUGGAGCUGCAGGAUGGCAGUCACGUCCUUGCAUUGCGAUGCCGGCCUGGCAAAGAGAAACUCAAACCUUGGAAGAUGGCAAAGCAGUUGUUUAUUUCCCAGCUGGGCGAAGAUGCUAUGGCUGAGGCGGAUGAGGACGAGGGACUGAGGAGGGAGGUGGCAAUGUGGAAAAAGAUUGCAAAGUUGGAGGUCUCGCAGUACAGCAUGGAGGUCAGAGGUUUCCGCGCUGUGGGCCUUGCGUCUAACAGGCUGGGCUACGAGAGGGCGGCGUUCCUGGCUUUGGCCGUCACAGUGGCUCUAGGGCGACCAGGGACUCGUCAAAGAGGCGACAUGCACAAGUUGAAGUUGCAGGUGCAACGUGUUAUGUCAAGUGGAAUUGCCGCGAGCGCCGCUCCCAGAACUCAGGGUCGCUUGGCAUGUGUGCAGCCCUCGUCUCGAGACAGCCGAGUCUUCAGAACUGUCAAGAAGUGGCACACUAAGUGCAAGGAGCGCAAGAAGCAAGAGGACGUAGCAAAGGCUCAACGAGAGGCCGCGGCAAAGGCUGAACAAGAGGCCAUGAAUGCAGCCAUGCCAAAGAGGCAGCCCAGGCCUCCUUUCCACGCUCUUUCCGAAGAUGUCCAACCGAAAGCCAUGCCCAGACAAGCGCCGCAGGAAGCCAGAGCAAAGUCUGCUCCCUUUGUCCCUGUGAAGGCCAUGCCAGUUGCCGGUCGUGGCGUUCCUGCCUCCAAAGCCAGCCCAAGCUUAAAGCAAGAGUUGGAAGAGGUGAAAGUUGAGUCCUCUGAUGAUGAUCGCAUGACGGCCAGCCCAAGCGUCAAGCAAGAGUUGGAAGAGGUGAAGGUUGAGUCUUCCGAUGGUGAGAAGUUCGGCGAUGACAUGGUCAGCGACGCUGAAAGCGAGCCCAGACAUUUGAAGAGAACGCCGCAAGUUCAGGAGUUCCUUCGGCAUGCUCAGCGUGACCGCGAUUGGGACCCAGCCAGUCCGAAGUUCGAUGAAAGCAGGUGGGGCAACUACGUCCAGAAGAUCAACUGCGAAGAACUGCGGUGGACCCAUGCGAGCAUCGCCGACAGAUUCAGGAGUGGGCCACACAGGAACUUGAAGUUGGAAUCCUUGACUGAUGCAUUGGUGAGUGGCCGCAUCUCCGUUGAUGAUGUGCCAGCACUCGUGGGUGUACAAGACGAAGGUGGUAUUGUGUGGAUUGUUAGUGGCAACCGCCGCUUGUGGGCGAUCCGGAGGUUCGCAGAACACCUGCAGGCCAGCAGUGGAGCAAUGCAAGCGAUGCCAUGCGUGCAGGUCCGCACUUUGGUGUUUUCACUGGCUGAUAUGGACAGCUUUCCUCAGUCUCUCUUCGCCCGUUGUGUUGAAGCUUUCAGUGGCAACGGCGAGCGGCCAACGCUACGUGUUCCACCUGCGUUGGCUCAGCCUGCGCGAACCGCGGCGCCCUUGCCGAUGGCAAGCAUGCCAGCUCCCAGAGGCUCCUUGCGCAAGCGUGCGGCCUUCAACAGCCUUGAAGGUGAGUGGACGGAUCAGACUGGCGCGAUGUACAGGGUGACCUCAACUUCAGACAUCUUUGCGAUGCAGGUGCUCAAAAGCAAUGGGCGCACAUAUCGGGUGCACUGGGAUGAGGGAUGCCAGGCCGUGGUGUGGCCAUCCAGCUGCAAGCAUUUUCUCGCAUGCCCACGGAGCAACGACAUAGUUGAUUGGCACGACCAAGAUGGACGAAUGUGUUUCACCUGGCAGAGGAAAGGAUGAGUGAAAGAGCGUCCACGCUGCCGUCCGCUUGAACACCCCCUCAAAGGAUGCAGGGCAACUUACACAAUGUGGAGCGG